CGAUGUGGCAAGUACGCGACGUGGCAAGUGCGGCCUCACCAUAUAGUCUCGCGUGGCAAGUGCGCCCUCACCGAAUCCCCCGCUAUGGGGAGGACGCAUUUGCCACGUGGAGAACUUGCCCCAGCAUCUAGUCCCACGUGGCAAGUGCGGAGGUGGCGACCCCGAGGUGGCGAUGGGAGCGGGAUGGCAACGCCCAGGUGGCGACGCCAUGUGGCGUACUUGCCACGUGGCGAUGGGAGAGGGAUGGCAACGCCGAGAUGGCAAAGUCGAGGUGGCGACGCCACGUGGCGAUGGGAGCGGGAUGGCAACACCGAGGUGGCGAUGGGAUCGGGAGCGGGAUCGGGAAGCGAAGGUGGCCACGGGCGCGGGAUCGGGAUAGGAAAGCGGAGGUGGCGAUGGGUACUACACUUCGCACGUGCCAAACAUCGCACGUGGCGCACGUGCCACGUGGCGCACUUUCCGCAUCGCCACGUGGCGUACUUGCCCCAUCAUCUAGUCCCACGUGGCAAGUACGGAGGUGGCGACGCCGAGGUGGCCACGGGAGCGGGAUGGCGACGUCGAGGUGGCGACGUCGAGGUGGCGACGCCAUCUCGGCGUCGAGGUAGCGUACUUGCCCCAUCAUCUAGUCCCACGGGCAAGUGCGGAGGUGGCGACGCCGAGGUGGCGACGGGAGCGGCAAAUCCUAUUGUGAAGGUCGCGAUCGCGGUCGCGCUGAUCAAGGUCGGGAUCAAGGUCGAUAUCGCGCCGAUCAAGGUCGCGAUCGCGUUGAUCAAGGUCGGGAUCGUGAUCAAGGUCGCGAUCGCGCUGAUGAAGGUUGGGAUCAAUCGGCGAUCCCGACUUGAUCAAGGUCGGGAUCAUGAAAGAGAGAGCGAUCAAGGUCGGGAUCGUGUCUAGAUCACCGUAGGGGGUUUGCUACGUGGCCACUAUGCAAGGAGAAUGAGGGCGUGGGCAGGCGACCAAUCAAUCAAUCAACCAAUC